AUGGAUUCCGCAAUAUCGCUAAGCACCUUAGAGGAUUAUUCAAAUCCCCAGCUGCUCCACCGGUAUCUAACGCAGCAAGACAUCGAGCAUCUGCAUAAUCUGUUUGCCAAGCGUAAGCAAUUACUGCCGGAGGAACUUCGUUGGGAACUGUUCGACUUGACCGGUGUACAAUUCAGCGAUGAAGAUUUCGGCACAUUAUUCAUGAAAAUCAACACCAAUCGAGAUCCUUUCUGCCAGUGGGAUGAGCUGAUCAGUUACUUAAUUCUCGGGUUUCAAAAUGACGAUCCGUUGGCUGUGCAGGAAUCAUUGGAUCUUCCGAUUUCGUCCGAUUUAAGCCUGAAACUAGGACGACAAACCUAUCCAGUAAUCAAGAUCGAAUACAGUCCAUCGGUUUCGUAUGAUGGUACAAUUAACUGGUCGCAAGGUUGUUGGAUAACGUCAACCCGUGAAGCGAUCAUUAAUUUCUGGAAGCGAGAUUGGAAACAUGAAAAAACAGGAAAAGCAUUUAGCGUUGAUUUAAAACGUGCCAAAACUAUGAUUUUGGAUACCGCUGUCCUACCGGAUCAAAACUAUUUCUGUGUAGCCUGUUUAGAGUGUGAACUGCGAUUUUACGACAUCAUUGCAUCUGGGUUUACGCUUAAAACCAUUAUCAGUAGAAUCCCAAACGCAAUCAACGCGUUGUACUAUCAUUUUGCGCCCAACACUCGUAGUAAGCUAAUUUUGGGAGAUUAUAUAGGAGUCAUCCGAUCAAUUGAAUUCUAUCCGGAAAAGAAAGAACCAUUCAAGUUUGAUGCUGCUUCCGCUAUUACGCGAUUGACUUUACGGGAUCUUAUAACUGGGUCGUGCCCUCAGAUGGUGUGUACAGACUAUGGCCGCCUAUUGCCAGACAUUGUGCGACAGGUCGAAUUUAUCGCACCUACCAACAAUAUUAUUGCAUGUUCAGAAAAUGACCCACUCGUCCCACAUCAACUACGCAAUAAAUUACAAAAAUCAUUAGUGAUUCAACAUUUACACAAACUUGAUAGAAAAGUAGAGUUCAAAGUUCCCAAAGGAAUUUCUUGCUUCGCAUUUAACCACUUAAAAGAUUUGUUGGUGACUGGCGGGCCGGAUGGGCAGUUAAGAUUGUGGGACAGCCGACGCCCAGAGAAGCCAACUGUAGCGCUUCCCGGACAUAACUCAGGAGUAAUGUUUUUAUUUCUUCAGGAUGACGCCCAGAAAAUUUACAGCAUGGAUCAAAAGAAAAUAGUAAAGAUUUGGGAUGUUCUCAACAGAACACUGAUACAGACAUACAGUCAAUUUACAUCAAAUCUGUAUAAAACUAUCUCGGCUUGUGCAUACUACAGUGAACUGAAUCGGGAAUUGCUUGUCGGGGCCAAUAAAGUGCUAGGUGCCACCUGCUGUCCCAAAAUUCCUCUGGAAGUUACUGACGGUGAGAGUCACACGCAACCUAUCGCUGUACUUUUGUAUAAUCCACUAUUUAAAGUCAUUAUUAGUUGUGGCUUAGAUAGCUUUAUCAUAAUUUGGGAUCAUACGGUAAACCGUAAACUGACAAUUAUAACGGAUGCCCAUACUAGAAUAGAAAAUGGAUUGCUAGAAAAGGUGCCAAUAACUACUGCAUGUUUUGAUCCUAAAUUACAACUAUUACUAACCGGUGCCAGGGAUGGAUCCUUGAAAGUUUGGAAUUUCAACAGCGGUUCCUGUAUGACCUCAAUGAGCAUUCAGCUGGACUGCGAAGUGACAGCUGUAUUCUGGGAACCAACCAGCAUUCUGGCGAUGGGUUGGAACCAUGUCGUGUGCGAGUUUCCAGUUGGUCACACCGGGAUGGAUUUUCCCAGCAGUGUCGAGUGGCAAAAGCUUCACUUUGACGAUAUCCUUGUCGCUGCAGUUACUCACAGAGAACCGAAAACAAUGGCAACUUGUAGCUACGCAGGCGAGCUGAUCUUCUGGAAGUUGGAAACCGGACAGCCCUAUCGUAAAUUUGAUGCCACCAAACCAAAGCUUAAAAUUCCCGUACACUUCAAACAAAGAAAACGCGUACAUCCGAAGCAAAGACAAGCGAGGAUGUCUAUUUUCAUGCCACAACAACACUGGCGUCAACGAAGACUGUCGCAGAUUGUAUUACCGGUGACCGCGGAGGAGCUAAGACAGCUUACGAUUCAUUGCUUACUUUUUCUAGAAACACGACCUAUGCAUCCAGACUACGGAACACUGCUUGCCAGUUUGGACACCGGUGUGAUUCAAGUUUAUUCCCACCACGUGGAUGGCGGUUUUCUAGGACAUUUCAAAACAAUUCACAUGGCUGGUGACAGGGUGAUUUCUAUGACAACGGACGCAGAGAACCGAUUUCUGUUUACAGGAUCUUAUCUGGGAUACAUAAAAACAUGGCUUAUACAAAACUAUUACAUUCCAGUGAAAGAACACGUCCGUAUUAAUCGCCCAGCAUUACGACUGCAGUUCCCGUUUCUAAUAGAAGAUGUGAUACCCGGUCGUGCCAAACGUUCGGUAGUAUCUCAACCAGAUCCUUGGCUGUUAAAUUCAUUCCAAGCGCAUAGAAAUUGUAUCACCGCAUUGGUCUUUGUGGAAUCUACAAAAAUACUUAUAUCAGGAAGCAGCGACCGUACAAUCCGAAUGUGGUCACUUAGCGGUCGAUACAUAGGGCUUGUUGGCAGUCCCGUCAAAUGGGAAAGCAUCAAUCCAGACAUGCCUCUUCCGGUGGACUUUUCAUUCCGCGUUCCACCGGAUCUUCAACGUGAGGUUAGUUUCACUACCGCGCAAGUGCUAAACGGUGGCAAACGUGUCAUCCAGCUGAAAAGCCGUAUCUUGCAAGAAGCUAGUGCGCGGAGACGUACAGAGGCGAUCGAAACGUACGGAAAACCACUGGAGGAACCCAUCUGGAAGCGCGAAAGGUUUCCCUUCGCACAGCGAUCGAGCUAUGCUCCUUGUCCUAAGAUGGAUAACUCAUUUUUGAUUACGCCAAUUUUCGAGCAUUUAAGCGUUCAAAAUAUUACCAAAUUGAAUUCCGUGGAUAAAAGCGAGCAAGCCGUAGCAAAAAUGAAGGGGUUGGAUUUUUCUCGAGAUGGCAACAGAAUCGAUACCUAUCAUGAAUCAGAACAGACUGCUACAGUUUUUGACGAGUAG